AUGGAGGACAUCCUGCGGACAAUCCAGCAAGAUGCAGCUGGACACAAGCGCAAAAGCCUCCGCGACGCCUGCGCGCUCGCCUGCGAAAGUCUGGAGUCCUGGAACGCGUCGGGACGACUGUCCCCAGCGGACUUGCGGGCGCGCUGUUUACUCCCCCUUCAGAUGGCGCUGGAAUCCAAAAACCUCAAGCUGGGUCAGACGGCGCUGAUAGGCAUGCAGAAACUGCUGUGCGAGGACCGCUUGUUGGGCGGGGCCGGCGAGGAGGCGGAGCCUACAGAGAGGCGGCUCCUGAGUCAGAUCUUGGCGGCCCUGCGCACUACGCCGGAGCUGCAUGAGGACCUGCAAGUGGAGGUCAUGAAAGUACUCCUGUGCGUAACGUACUCGCCCAACUUUGAUGUCAACGCCGACUCUGUCCUACGCAUCGCCCAGGUAUGCACGGAGACGUACGCGCGCGGCGGUCAUCGACGGAGCGUGGACACGGCGGUCCGAGCCACCCUCAGCCAGAUUUUGGGAGAUCUCACGCUGCAGCUGCGACACAGACAGGAGGCGGCGGACGGAGAGGAGAUGACUGCGCCCCCUCUGGAGAGAAGAGAUGUGUCGCCCGUCAGCCAGGCGCUGUGCGACGACGUCGUGACGGUCCUGACGCUCUUCUGCGACAAGCUGGAGUCGCCGGAUCGCGACGAUCAGAUGCUGCGACUUCUUUACCUGGAGAGCAUCUUGGCCAUGCUGAGCUCCUGCCCUCCCACAAUGCACCUGUCCGGAUGCUUCAUCGACCUGGUCUGGAAGCGGCUGUGUCCGGCGCUGGUGGCCGUCACGGGAGAUCCGCUCAAGGACAAAUGCGCGGCGGAGUGGGAGCGACUCCAUCAAGGCGCCACAGAGACUGGGGCGCCGGCAGCUUUGGACAGGGGCCGCGGCUCGGGCCGCUCGUCCGGCGCCCCCUCUGGGACGACGGCGCGCGCGGUGUGCUACGCGGCCGCCGAGUUAGUCCGGCUGGUCGGCCGCGUGGAGUCCAUGAAGCCCGUCCUGCAGUCGCUCUACCACAGGAUCCUCCUCUACCCCCCGCCGCGCCACCGCGCCGAAGCCAUACGCGUCAUGAAGGAGAUUGUGGGUUGUCCGCAGAGGCUGUUGGCCCUAGCCGGUCCUGGCCUGGUCGAGCCCGAAGGCGGGAGGCGCGCCUUCUCUAAAAGGAAGUCGCACUUGGAUCUUCUCAGACUCGUGAUGGACGGCAUGACGGAGGCGUGCGCCAAAGGCGGGGCGGAGGCGUGCUACUGGAGCGUGUCGUGCGUGUGCGCUCUCCUUACAGCGCUGGAGGAGCUGUCGCAGGGGCGGGGCCUCAUGCCGGACCAGGUGGCUCUGCUUGAGGCUCGCGCCCACGAACUGAAGGAGUCUUCCGAUAUCGACGAAGCGGACAUCCCGCGGCGGAGACGCUUCCCGUCCUCGGCAGAGGUGCCGCCCCGGGACCCCGACGUCAGCGUUAGCAUUAGCGUCAGCGCCGACGGAGGUGACGCCGAUUCGGAUUCCGAGUCGGCGAGCGCCGAAGGGGAGGAGGAAUGGAUGCGGCGGGAGAUGCGUCCGGCUCCGCCCGAUGUGGUGCAACGUAGCCACGCCCUGGUUUACCCCGACAUCACCAACUUCCUCUCGGUCGAGUCCAGGAGUAGAGGCGCACCGACCUCGCGAUACAGCGAGAGCAACUUAAGCACAGAGGAGCAGGACUUGUCUCGGACCGAGUUGGACUCCUGCGAUCGGUACUCGGCGGCGGCCGAGAAGGACUCGGGUCGCUCGGACGUGUCAGACGCAGGUUCCGACGAGGAGGACGACGCCAGCCCUUCGUCCCUCUCGCCGCCGUGCCACCAGGAAGCCGACCGCCGGGGCGCCCGUCUCUUCGUGCGGGCGCUGGCCGCACUGCUUCCCCAGCUGCUGGCCUUAGAUUCCGCCGCGCAAGUGGACCGGCACUUGCAGAACUUUGCACACGCCUUCUGUUCCGGUCAGUGCAUGUUUGCCAUCCGAAGUUCCCCGCCGGGUGCGGAGACGGCGUCAAGUCUGAGCUGCCAUACGCUGAUGAACACCGACGGGGUCUACUUUUUGUCCUUCUCCGCACUGCUGCUCAAUCUCAAACUGCGCGACUGCGACUUCUACCAGCGGGGGGCGCUAUCUCCCUCCCUGGGCCCGAAGGAGUUUGUGCGCGGGAUCCAGACCAGCGGCUUGCUGGUGGUCCUGUCUCCGGCGUGGAUGGAGGAGGUCCACCGUCAGUUUCUGGAGCGAGACCUGCUGGCCCAGGCGGGCUACUGGGAGGCACCGGAACGCACCGCGCCGCCUCUCGUCGCCGUACUGACUGACAUGGAUGUUCCUGGCAGCGGCGGCGCCGUCGGCAGUCAGCCGACAGGGACUUUCCGCCGUUCAGGCAGUGACAACGUCGUCACGGCAGAUAUCAAUGAGUUUAUCACUCCCCAAGGCGCCGCCUUCUCGCGCUUCCUGCUGACGGGUGUGUGGAGCGAGCUGACGGAGGUAUUAUCGGCACCGCUCGGUGCAGCGGGCUGCCAAAGCCGGCGAGAGAGAGACGCCGUCUAUUUGAGCCUAGACGGACUCCGAAGGGCCGCCGCGCUCAGCCGCGACCUCGGCGUGGCCGCCAACUGCGCAUCGGCCUUGGCGCGAAUGGCCGCCGCCUCCUGCGCGAAGGAGGGGCCAGAUGAGAGGGAGGGGAGAGAGGCGGGGCCUGAUGCUGUCAGGCAAGUCAAGCAGCGUCCAGAGCAGACGUCGCGACCCGCAGUCGUUUGCCUGCGCGGUGCCCACGUGUUGUGCAUGGACGCCAUCUUGGAUGUGGGGUUAGAGAUGGCCGCUCACCACCACCAGUGCUGGACGCACGUCUUCAGAGUGACAGAGUACAUCAGUUCUCUGGAGCACGCUCACUUUGGCGAUGGAGAGACACGAGCCGAGGGCCGGGCCCCGGACCCUGCAUCGACCGUCCGGGACCUCGCGGGAGGAGGCGCGGAACCCAAAGGAGGGAGCCUUUUGAGCGGGGCGAGCGCCGCACGGGCAGUGUGCGUGCUGUCCACGCGGGCUGACAGGUUGUUGGAAGACGCGUCGCUCCAGCGGAACCUGCCUUCUCUGCUGGGCUUCCUGCAGCAGCUCAGGAAAGCAUCCCGGUGCCAGCUCUUCCGCUCCGUUGCCGACACGGGAGACUAUUCGCUCGCCACGCCCGGAGAAGCCAAGUUGACGUUGGGGCGUCCCAGCGCAUUGCACCUCUUCCGCUUGGGCGAGGCCACGCUGAGAAUCGUCCGCGACGGCAACAGGCCGCUCUUGCACAAGAUGCGGGCCUGGAGCGUGGUGGCGCCGCAUCUGGUUGAGGCGGCGUGUCACAAAGAGCGUCACGUAUCACGGAAGGCAGUGUCUUUGAUCCACGACGUCCUGACGGAGGUCCUGAAUGGCUGGAGCGAGCCGCCCGGAUUCCGCUUCAACGAGGCGCUCUUCCGACCUUUCGAGCACAUUAUGCAGCUGGAGCUCUGCGAUGACGACGUUCAAGACCAGGUGGUGACGUCCAUCGGGGAGCUGGUGGAGGCGUGCUCUCCUCGAAUCCUGUCGGGGUGGCGUCCGCUCUUCAGCGCCCUUGGCAACGUCCGCGGCGCCCACGCGGAGACCAAAGAAUACGGCGCCGGCGAGCGUCACGCGCCCGUCUUCGACGUCUUUGAGGCCUUCGUCGGCACGGACGACGUCCAGGUGUUCGCCAACGCCGCCACCGACUACAUCGUGUGCCUCGUCAAGUUCGUCAAAGGACUGGGUGAGGCAGAUGGCGAGGAGAUGGACGACUGCGGGCUGGCGUCCGGCGGCUCCCUGGACCUGUGCCUACCGGCGCUGGACUACCUGCACCGAUGUUCGGAGCUGCUAGCAAGCAUCUACAAGAUGCCCUCAAAGCCCGUCUUCCUGGGAGCGCGGCUAGCCGGGCGGCAUCGCUCAUUGGCGGACGCAGGCGAGGAAGCCUGGGACGCCGUCGUGCGAGACUUUGACGACGGCACAGGUCUGAUCCAGGUGUGGAUCCUUCUGCUGGAGCAGCUAGCGGCCGCUACAUCGGACUGCCCCCGCCGCCACCAGCCGCCCGCCCUGGAGACGCUUUUCCGGCUGCUGCGAGAGGCGGCAGUCGUGCCGGGUCCGGCCUUCGCCAUCUCGGCGGUGACGCGGCUACUGCUUCCCGUUAUGUCACUGUGGCUGCAUCGGGUCGGCACCCGGCCCGCCUACCGGGACGGGGCCGCCGACUUCAAGCACGCCAUCGGACUCUGCUGCGAGCUGGCGGUGGAGCAUGUCCGCAACUUCGUCAAUGCGGAUGUCGGCUGCGAGUUUUUGAUCAACGCCAUGUUGAAGGAGCUCUUCCGGCUGCUGGUGUCGUGCGUGUCGCAAGCGUCCGAGACAGUCUCCAGAGUGGGCUGCUCCUGCAUCAGGUAUGCGCUGGUGACGGCGGGUCCGGUCUUCACUGAGGAAAUGUGGAGGUUGGCAUGCUGCGCCCUGCGGGACUCCUUUUCCGUUACCUUGCAACCAGUCAAGAAGCUGCUGUGGUGUUUCCAGAGCGGUUCCGACAGUUUCUGUGGCGACGCCUGCGAAGUGAAAAUGGCCGCUCCUUCCCCGUCGGUCGAAGCCGAGGCCGAGUACCGGCGGAUCCGAGCUGUGGCGCGCCAGGUCUUUGCCUCGGACGGGCAACUUUCUCCGAAGACCCCCAACAACAAGGACGGUUUUGAGCAUGCGCAGUCGUGCGUUUUGAUCAUCGAGCCCCCUCUCGACCCGCGUGCCGACACGCCGCCUUACGAAAGGAAAGUCAGUAUUCCCUUCCGCAACGUGGUGGUGAGCCUCUUGUCCCAUCAAGUUCUGUUGCAGAACCUGUCAGACAUCUUGCUGGAGGAGUUGGUGGAGGAGCCCGAUGGCCAGCGGAUGGCGACGCCCGCGACUUCCCGUCCGCCGCCGGCCGGCUUCCUGCCUUACUUGUCCGCCAGCAACCUGUCCAUUGUCCUGGACCUGCUGCUGGACUCCUACAGAACGGCACGCGACUUUGACACCCGCCCGGGUCUCAAGUACCUGCUGAUGAAGGUGUCGGGCGUCGGGGGCGUGGCCAAUCUAUACCGCCAGGCUGCCGCGAGCUUCAACCUGUACGCGCGGACGUUGCUGGGCGCCGUCGCCGCUCACGCCGACGGCCUGACGGCUCAGCAGGUCAAGAGGAUCGUCUCGGAGGACGAGGACCGGAGCUCUGACUCGUCGCGUCCCGGAUCGGCGUCGUCGGAGGACGAAGACAUUUUUGAAGAGACGGCGCAGGUGAGCCCGCCCCUCGGUCGCGAGCGACGGCACCGCUGGCGAGCCGCCGUGUCGUCGCCGACCGCGGCCCCGGCGGGCGGCUCCGCCUCCGAGUGGGCGUGGCUGGUCAAGCGUCUCCGCGGGCUGACCGCCGACGUGUGCGGCGGCUACGUCCGGCUGCGCGGUGACUCGGAGGAUCCCGCCGCGGUGGCCCGCCCCGCCUUCCUGCCGCUCUUCCCGUCUGAGGCGUCCACGCCCACGUCGGCGGGGGGAGACACGCCCUCCGACGGAGCCGCGGCUUUCGGAAGCCCGGCCGAGCUGAGCCAAUUAAGAUGCUUGAAGUGGCGAGGCGGACGCCGGACUCCUCCCCUCCGACACUCGCGUAGCGCUGAAGUCUUCGGGUCCAGAUCGGGCUCUGCCGUCUCCUCGCACGGACGCGUCGGCGACGACGAUGCGCGGGCGCAGAUCCAGGCGUGGAGUGACAUGGCGGCCACGCUGCUGAUGGAGGUCCUGCGGCUUUCGGACUCCGCCUUCGCCGCCCUUCAGCCGGCGCUCUACCCUGACUUGUGCCAGCUAGCUUGCCGCGUGGCCGAACCGCGCCUACGCCGGGCCCUGUGCGAUUGGCUCGCGCGCGUGGGAACGCUCUACGACAUCGUGGCGUGA